CUUUUAGGCAAUGUGACAACUGUAAAGUUUGAUCCUGGUCCCAGACACGGUGACACGGUCAGUCUACUAGUCCCAGCGGGAUUCAUAUCAAGAAAUGGCCAUCUUUCUACGCGCAACAGGCUUUUGCUCUUUCAAAAUGAGAAAAACAACAGGUAUCUGGCUGCAACAUAGAUUGCCAAGAUCCUGCAAUUUUUUGUGAUUUAUUGCAGAAUCUUUGGCAGUCAAUGUUUGUAGUUCAGGAGCUGAGUAGAACGAGGCCAAAUGUUAUAUUUAUCCCAGUCAUCCAGAGUCGCCUAGAUAGACCCAGGCCCAGAGCUUUCGUCGAACCCCUGCUGAAUGUACAGAUUAUCCCCGCUCUGUUUUGUAGAGCGCAGGUUAUAGGGCUUGAGAGUUCAACCCGGGCCUGAGCUCUGUCAACGGAUCUCACCGGUGCAGUGUGGAUAAAGAAAGGUAAUGCGGAAUUCAAGACACUGGUUUCCUUUUCUUCUCUUUUUUGCCACAUCAAGGGGUCCAGCAUUGACCUUUUCUCCUCUCGCAUUAUUAUUGGGGGCGAUUCCAUCUUUUUUAGUUAGAUGAUGUGUUCUCCUGUGCAUUAUUAUUGUUGUGCAUUGUGCAUCACUGCAUCGGGACCCUUCGAGGGAGCAGAGAAAUCACGUGUAUGGUUGGCUUAUAUAAGCUCUGGGUAAUGUGGCCGUGCAGCGACAGUAUCAAAAAAAUUGCAACGAGUCACAGAUUCCGGCACAAUAAUGACGACAGACAAGAGAGGGGAAAUAGGAUUGAGGGAUAGCCAUUGACCGGAAUUAAUCUAUUCUAUAAAGAUAUUUUUGUGUUGCACUUUCGCUUUUUCAUUUUCAUUAAAUAACAGCAGCUUUCUCUCAUUCCCGCCACCAGACUAACCCCAGGAGCACGUAACGUUGGCGGGUAGGUAUGGGCCCGAAGUCGAAAAGCGGCGGAGGCGCUGCGGCUGCCAGACAGAAAUCACAAGCAGCUGAAGAGGAGAGGGAGGAGGCGCUUCAGGCUGUUGUUUUGGCAGAUACCUUUGAAACACGAUUCGAACCCUUUACGCUGGAGAGGCCCCGGUGUCUCUUACCGCUCGCAAAUACUCCUAUAAUCGAAUACACACUGGAAUUCCUUGCCAAUGCCGGCGUCGAAGAAGUGUUCCUAUACGGUGGUGCGCACUCGGAGCAGGUGGAGAGAUAUAUCAAUGCCUCAAAAUGGAAAUCUCCUUCCUCCCCAUUCAAAAGCUUCAUCUUCCUAAAAUCGACCUCUACCUCCGUGGGCGACGUGAUGCGCGAUCUGGAUGGCAAGCAUCUAAUAACACGCGAUUUUAUCAUCGUCAGCGGCGAUGUGGUUAGCAAUUACCCUAUUGAAGAAGCGUUGGCAAAGCACCGCGCGCGCCGACAAACAGACAAAAACGCCAUCAUGACAAUGAUUCUGCGAGAAACGAAUGUUUCGCAUAGGUCGAACCCAUCCGCAGCUCCUGUCUUUUUCAUCGACCCGACCAAGGACCGAUGUUUGCAUUAUGAGGAGAUUGAAUGUCGGCCACGGAGAAGUUCCCACUCGUCGUCUUAUACCAAGCCGUCGAAUUUUCUCUCUGUCGACCCGGAUAUGUUGAAGGAGUUUGCGGAAAUUGAUGUCCGGAGUGAUCUGAUCGACACUUAUAUCGAUAUCUGCACGCCGGAGGUCCUUGGGCUGUGGUCAGAUAGCUUUGAUUACCAGACGCCCCGAAAACAAUUCCUUUUCGGCGUGCUUAAGGAUUACGAACUGAAUGGCAAAACUAUACACACCCAUAUUAUCAAGGAUCAUUAUGCGGCCAGAGUGCGGAAUCUGAGGACCUAUGACUCUGUCACCAAGGAUACCGUGUCGAGAUAUACAUAUCCACUUUGCCUAGAAACAAAUUUAGUCCCUGACCAUACCUACACCCUGAAACGGGGUAAUAUUUAUCAGGAACAAGGAGUGCGGUAUGCACAAUCGUGCCUCAUCGGCGCGAAAACCGUCAUCGGCCAAGGUACGACUCUCGGGGACCACACGACAGUUAAAAACACCGUGAUCGGACGACGUUGCCGCAUUGGCAAAAAUGUCGUUCUCGACGGCGCAUAUCUCUGGGAUGACGUGGUUGUUGGGGAUGGCACUGUGGUCCGACACGCCAUCGUGGCCAAUGAGGCGGUCGUGGGGGAUAACUGUAGAAUUGAGAAUGGUGCGCUACUUUCAUACGGAGUAAAAAUCGCAAACAGGACCACGAUCCGUGAAGGGAUGAAAAUUACCCGAGCGGAGCGGGAACAAGGCCCUGUCCCAAGUGAUCCUGAAAUUGUUGGAGACGGGGGCGUCGGAUACGAAUUCUCCCGCGAGGAGGAUGAGGAUGAUGAGAACGAUGAUGAAAGCGUUUCUUCAUCUGGCUUAUUAUACAACAUGGCCUCCCUCUCCCUCUCCACCGCCUCAAUCUCCACCCUCUCGUCCGAGUUCUCAGAUGACGACUUCUCCCCCCUCUACCGAAGCGGUAGCUUCGGCGCCUCCGUCUCCGACGACGACGGCGACCGCACCCAUUUCCACCACGACGCCGUCAACAGCAUUUACGACGGGCUCCGCGACGGCCUCAGCGCCGACGUCGUGCAGCUCGAGCUCGUCGGCCUGCGCAUGAGCGCCAACGCUUCCGAGCACCAGGUGCGCCGCGCUGUCGUGACCGCCUUCCUCAAACGCAUCCAGCAACUCAUGGACGCGCCCUCCCCCUCGCCCUCGCAGCCCUCGCUCAGCGCCAGCGAUGCCGUCAAGCAGGUCCUUACCAAAUACAAGGAUAUCCUGGAGCGGAUUGUGUUUGAUCGGGACGAGCCAGUGCGGAAGCCCGAUCAGGUUGAUUUGCUAUUAUUGAUUCAGCAGGAGUUGGUGGAGAGGAGUCGCGGGGAGACUGUGUUGUUGUUUAUGGCGAAGGAAUUGUAUGAUUUGGAGACGGUGGAGGAGGAGGCAUUUGAGCAGUGGUGGGCGGAUGAGAGGGGGGUGGCGAGUGAGGGGUUGAAGAGGGUUAGGAGGCAGACGGAGCCGUUUAUUGAGUGGUUGGUGAAUGCGGAUAGUGAGGAGGAGGAUGAGGAUGAUGAUGAUGAUGAGGAGGAGGAGGACGAGGAUGAUAGUGAAUAGGGGGACGAUUGAAAUCGCAUCAUUCUCGGAGUAUAUCACCUGUUUCUUUUAGUUUCGUCGAGGGAAGUCGAGCAACAAUGAAUGAUAUCAGAUAAAAUCCUACCGCACCCUUUUAGCAAAUGGAGAGAAGAUAGAAUUUAAAAGAACGCAAUAUUUGAAACUUCAUUAAAGGAAGCAAGGAAAUAUGGACCAGUCAUUCCUGCAGAACAUGCUAUGUACAAAAGAGUACAACAAGAUCAAGACCCCGUCCGUCUCUCUCAUAAAACAUACACCUUCAACAAGGGAGGGAGCAGUUCAAAUAAUGUACAGCAUGCAACUGCGUCACCUCGAUCGACGUGAAGGCCAGACCUUCUAGUGUUAACUCUUCCCCUACUAAAAAAAUCCCCGUUCCGUACACAUCAUUUCACAUAUCAUAUCAACAGACAUUUUCCAAACCGGCAUUUCAAUCCAUCACAAGCCCGAGAAUACGUACCAAAUAUCCAUCCAUAGGGUCCACCUUAAAUCUCCACGAAACAACACAAACACCAAUACCAAUACAAAUGGAUGGAAUGCGCACGCAUGUACGUACAUGACGACUCCAUCACUACAUAUCCAAAUGCACCCCUCCCAUUGACUUCGUAACCCCCUCAACAGCCCCCAUGCCCUUUACACCAGGCCCCACCACCUUCCCCUUCAUCCCCCUAGGCUUCGGCCGAGCCUGCACCAACUCACCCACCUUACACCUCCCACACCGACUCUUCUUCACAUCAAUACUCCUCGAAUGCCGCCCAUACUCAUGUCCACACUCCACACAACACCACAAGUACUUAUAAUGGAUGACAUACGAGUGUUUCGUCGUAAUGCGAAUUUUCGUCUUCGUACCCGUACCCCCAUCUGCACAGCCAUAGAGAGGAUGCGCAGCUAGCGCCUGCUCGCACCUGGCCGCCCACUGCUUGAAGCUGAUGCCGUGCGGGUUAUUGCGCACAUUAGAGAUCAUGAAGUUGGCUAGGUGGCAGUAUUCGUGCGCGAGGGUGUUGAGAAGGCGGUCUUCGCUGUCUAUGACUUUUGAGGCGAGUUCGAUGGAGGCGUAGUGGCGUAUGGGGGCGAGGAGGGCCGGAGUUAGAGGGAUUGCAUUGAUUUUGCUACCGGCGCUGGUGUUGCUGCCGGUGCUGCUUGAUGUACCCGUGAGUGUUGACUUGCUGCUAUCCGCUGCAGUGGUCGUCGUCGUUGAAACGUUAUCUUCAUGACAGGCAGCAGCAGAUAAUAAUAAUGACGAUGUCGCCUGCUGUUUCGAUUCCGUUUGCUGAACAGGCACUAAAGACGGCUUCUGCCUGACAGUCUCGCGCUUCCAAUUUGCCCUGCCAGCCGUAGUGUUUAGGGUCUUGCUCCAGAUAAUCUUCACCCCUCCCGCAGCUGCAGCGAGUUUCUGUAUCUCCCCACCCGUCACAGCGUCGUCGAGAGCCUUAAAGAACUCCUCCGCCAUCCGUAUUUUCUUCUCGUCGAACUCUUUCUUCUGAGCUGCGAGGGCCUUCUUUGCCGCCGCAGCUGCAGCGGCUGCGGCCUUAUUCGAAGGGGGACCUUUAAUUGGGCUCUUCGAGGGUGAUGACUGCGGUGAGGUGGAGCGUCUGUUGGACAUGAUCCCCUUGCUACUGUCUUCGUUAUCUGAGUAUAUGUGGAACCUCUCAAGACCUCUGCGUGGGGUAUUCAUUUUCCUAGGAGAGUACUGGUCGUUCCAUUCGUUGAUGAUAUCUUGGCUCCAGAAAGCGUCUAUGCUGGGUCGAUGGGGGGUGGGUGGGAUCCGGCUCUUGCUUUUAGAGGGCGAGUAUAGGCGAAGUUUUGAAGGACUGGAUGGCGGAGUGACGAUGACCGCUGUCCGGUUCUCUGAUUCCCCUGACCUGGAAGAGGAUGACGGCUGGGAGCUACAAAGUAUUCUCUUCAGCCGUUCGUAUUCAUUGUGAAAACAAAAGUCUCAGUAUGGGCUGAAAUGAAAGAAACACUUACCCUUCCAUACUUCCACCAAUAGAUUCGUGAUCAAUGCCCCUAUUUUUCUUCGGAGAGAUUGGUUUUUUUGAGCCAGUAAGCGAUGCAGGAGGCUUCAGAUCGAAUUUCUUCGGCAACAAUGGAAUCACCACAUUCUGCUCAUCGCUGUCAUCCUCGCUAUCAUCGCUACUGCUAUCAAACAAAGAGUGUGGUGUUGACCUGUUGGAUCUCGCCUUCACAUCAUUCACAGAAAGAUGUGAAUUCACACCACCACCGCCAACACCAGUUCUAGUAGGGUCUGUGUUAUUCCCUCCACGAGCAACAACCCCUUUGUCUCGAAACAGUGCUUUCGGUGUUAUUGAUGCUGGUGUUGGCCGUAAUCCCCUAAAAAGCUUCCUGGGCGACGAGCGGGGUUUGGCGACAUAUUCAUCCUCCUCUUCAUCUCCAUCUCCAUCUCCAUCGCUCCCAGUCAAACUGGAUUCGUCGAAAUAACUGAGAUCCUCAUCGUCCCCAACGAUAAAAUCAUCCAACGAGUCAAAUUCAUCAGUUUCUUCUUCCUCUUCUUCCUCUUUCUCUUUCUCUUCCUCCUCCGACUCAACGCCCCCCUGCUCCCUCCAUUCAUGUCUCCCCGUCAUCUCCUUCACUUCCCUCACGCCAGCGCCAUCAGCACCACCACCACUACUCCCCCUGCCAUUCCCCCCCUCUUUAUCCCUCCUCCCCUCCCCAACCCUAGCCCCAGCCCCAUACUUAUACUCCUCCAACUGCCCCGGCAACGGCGCAUUCUCGACAUCCCCCAAUCCCCUUCCCGGCGUCAGGCCAUCAUACCUUCCAAUCGCCGCGGGGAACGGCAUGAGGAGCGAGUUCGUGUGUCGGGGUCUUAGCUGGCGUCGUUGGCUGUGGUGACCGCUGCUUCGAGGUGUUUGCGCUGUGGGGCGGGGUGGGGACGGGGUGUCUCUAUCAUCAUGAUGGUCGUCGUCGGAGGCUGUGGAGGCCGUGGGUUUGCUAUGUGCAUCUGUUCUCGUCUUCGUAGGACUUCUAGUACCGCGCAAGGGUUUCGGAUUUGCUUUUGUUCCGUGCACUUUCGCCGUUGUACCUCUGCCAGCGCCAGUAUCUAUAGUUGCGUUUGUAGCUACAACCGCCUUCAACGCACGCGUGAUACCUCCACGCCUAGCCCUAGGUGGUGUCCUCGAAGCGUUCUUCCCCCGGUUCUUCUCGUAGGCGGAGGAGCCAUCUGUAUCCCCAACGUCGGAAUCCUCUCUAAUAUCCACCACCACACCCUUAGGCGGCGCGCGGCUGAGUCGUGCCAUCUUUCCCUAUUUCCUAUUUCCUAUUUCCCUUUUCCCUUGCUUUCUUAAUUAUUUUCCCCCGCUCUCGCUGUGCGGAAUGUGUCGGGUGCGCGAUAGCUUUCACCCUUAUAUGAUGUAUGUAUGUUUUGAACAUCAAAUCAAACCAACUCGAGUUCCCGCAGCAAUGCCUCCCCCUUCCCGUUUAUGUCUCUCUCCUAGUUCCUCGCUAUAUACACACAAAACCAAACCCACGCACCCGCAAAAAUAGUCAGUUACUCGUAUAUACCCGGUUCGAUUCGUCCGUGCGUCGUUAAGGAAUAAUUAAAAUAAUGAUCAGUCACUGCUGCUAUCGCAUAUCGCUGCCUUUGUUUAGAGGGUGAGCCAGUGAUUCAACACAGAAGAGGUUUAU